GACGAUGGAAUCCGUUAAACGGACAAAAGGAGACGACACGAGUCCGGACUGGCACACGGGAGCGACCAAAAAGCACACAUGGCCGGUCCGCGUACGCAACCCGCCACAAUUCGUUCCUAAAGGAGACCCACCUCACAAUCCCCAGAGCAAAGACGCGCACAACCGCACUCGCUAGCACACGCACCUCCUCCGGCGUUAACUGUGCCAAGAAUGGACGGCGUCUCCGAUCAUCGGCCAACGAUCAUGGUGACCAACGACGACGGAAUUGACGCGCCAGGUCUCCAAGCUCUGGUUCGCGUCCUCGUCUCCACCAAUCGAUACAACGUCCUAGUCUGCGCACCUGACUCGGAAAAGUCAGCUGUUAGUCAUUGUAUUACUUGGCGUAAUGCUCUCGCUGUCAAGCAAGUUGAAAUUGAUGGAGCAACGGCCUAUGCAGCUUCUGGAACUCCAGCAGACUGUGCUUCUUUAGGAAUCUCCAAAGCACUCUUUCCUUUGAUCCCUGAUCUGGUAGUCAGUGGCAUUAACAUGGGCAGCAAUUGUGGUUAUCACAUUGUUUACUCCGGGACAGUUGCUGGUGCUCGAGAGGCCUUCUUUAAUGAUGUCCCUUCUGCCUCCAUAUCAUAUGAUUGGGUUGGAGGUAAGAGUAGCAUUGAUGACUACUCCGUAGCUGCUGAGGCUUGCUUACCGAUCAUAAGUUCUAUAUUAGCUGAGAUCAACAAGCAAACCUAUCCUCAAAGAUGCUUUUUGAAUAUAGAUGUACCGACAGAUGCCGUAAAUCAUAAGGGGUAUAAGUUAACUAAGCAGGGUAAAUUUAUUACCAAAAUGGGUUGGAGGCAAGUUAGUUCUAGCACGCAGGGGGGUAAAAUGUUGUCCACGAUGACAAUGGCGACGGGCUCAUCAGGAGGGACAGAAGCAGAUGCAUCAAUUUCAUCAGAAGAAUUUCUUUUAUUCAAAAGAGAAGUAAGGGGAGACCAAGUUAUUGAGGAUGACAUGGACUACCAAUCUCUUAAAGAUGGAUAUAUAACAGUUACUCCUCUUGGGGCGCUUUCUCCUCCUGAGGUAGAUUGCCAUGCAUACUUCAAAGAUUGGUUGUCAGGUGUGGCUGAACAACCGUAUUCUUCUGCCUUAUAAUUCUGUAAGCACUAUAAGCAACCUUUUUCUUGUUGGUUGUGAGGUUUGAUGACCAAAUAUUAUUGAAUCUUUUGAUAUUCUAUUCUCUAACAUUCAUGAUGCUUCGCCUUUGGUGUCAUGUCGAUCCCAACAAAACAAGUCAACAAGUUGACAGCAAUAAGCUUUCUAUUGUUA